GCGAUUUAAUGUUUCCAUCCGUCGCAGCGGCUUCCCAUCCCUCUAGUCGGCCUUUUUGCCUUAUAUUCCUAUUUCUAAAACUAGAGCCUCUUUCCACAUUUUGCCAUGCCGCUCAACUGGAAAUUGUAUGAGCAGGACAUCGUCCGCUGGUACUUGGAUGAUGACAAAACUGCCAAUGAGACUGUCAAAUGGCUCAACGACACACACAACCUUUCGGUCACUCUCAGACAAUUCAAGUCCAAAUUUGGUGGUUUGAAGAACCUCCGCUCCGAUGAAUGGAUAGCGGUGAUCAACGAGAUUCGGAAACGAGAGGCACGAGGCAUAAAAUCGAUGGUCUAUCUUUGCGAUAAACGCCUCAGAAUGGACAGCACCACCAGGGCUAUCCGGCGGUACUCCAAGAAAUGCCAGGUAGAACCCUCUAAUAUAGACUUGGGCAUUGAUACAGUCCGUGAGCAUCGAAUAGAAAUCCGUACCCCAGCCGAAUCCAAUGCUGAAUCGGCCUCGCUCCACCAUAUCGACGCUUCCGCUGCAUCCGAGGGAAUUGAAGAGGUUCAGGAAAGCAACGAUGAGAUGAUUCUCACCACUUCUACUGACGAGUUCACUGUUGACCAGGCCAAUGACUUGGACAACCAGGUAAUUGACCCAGUCCAAAUUGAGAUCGAUUUUAGCUCUCAACUAGCUGGCUUCUACCUAUCUGGUUCAGUCGAAGAAUCGCUUCAGCUCUCUAACGCAUUGCUCUCUAUGCAGCCAGAUCUAGACACAACAGUGGCUGAUGGGGAUGAUUCAAUUUUUCCGCGUCAAGAACACCGUCUCCAGCAUUACCCUGCGUGCUUGCAGAACGGGCCUAAACGUCCAUUUAAGUCAUUUUGGGACUUGCCAGAACUGUCUUCGCUCAUCCUAGAGACGUCCGGUCCCCAGGCUGCCGAUGAAAAUCAGCACGAUAUUCCCAGUCCUAUUUCAGUGUGUGCAUACACACUGCCGACCCAGAGUCGUUGGGUCUUAUCCAAGCUUAUCGAUGCGGAUUGGAAGCUAUCGGUCUUGGAACCGGUGGCUGAACUCGUCGAAGAUAUAUUCGGUCGUACAGAUAGCCGCCAGUCACUUGAUUCCCGUCGAAGUAAUUCCGUCAGGAUUACCGGGGGUCGGACACUCUUUCAAGUGUUUUCAAUCGUUGCAUACCUCAUUUCCAACAAUUUUCCGGGCUCUGCCAAAACCACAUCCUUCAUUGAAUGGGUUGUUGGGAAUGGAUACCUGUUUCAGCUGUCAAAAUUUCUACAAACGGCACCUGCUGAUACCCUUGCGUUCGGAUCGACAUUGCUUAGAGAUAUUUGCAAAUUCCCAGCAGUCCCGGGCCUAGAAAGGUUUGUGGGUUCUGGCGAAUUUCUAAGUCUCGUCGCAAACCAUCGCCUUGAUUUAUCAGGACUCAUGGGAACAAAACUCCUUCAUCGGGCCAUUGAAUGGGAUUGCCUGGAACUGGCGAGACAACUGGUGUCCUAUGGUGUCGAUGUCAACGCAGGCGAGUGUUCUUCCAUGGGGAUGGCCGAAACACCGCUAGCCCGUGCUGCCCUGUACCGUAAAGGCACCAUGGUGAAAUUCCUGAUCAGAGCAGGAGCUGAUGUCAACAAGAGCUUCUCUCAUGGCGGCAGUGAAGCGACAGCCCUCGCCCUGGCAAUACAGCGAUGCGACCAUGACAUUGUGAAGAUUCUGCUUGACGAAGGUGCUCAUUUCAAUGCCGACCAGGUAAUUUCCGGUUUCAGCCCCCUGGGAUUGGCAUGGGGCAAGUCGUCGCCGAUAUAUUCGAUGCUCUGUGAAAAGUUACUGUUGAGUGACGAAGGAGACGCGUCUGAGUUGAUCGAUGCUGCAACGAAAGGUAAUCGCGAACUUGGACACAUUCUUCUACAACGCGGCACCGUCCAAGUAGUGGAUUUGGAGCGUGCACUUUGCGAGGCCGUUAAGUUGGGAAAGGUCGGGGCUGUCGGAACAUUUCUACGUCGAGGAGUAGACCCUGAUGCUCGACUUGCUCGUCUUCUUCAGAAUUCCGACAAAGCAUCCGAUGGAGUUGAAGGAAAGCGUCCAAUCAUCCUAGCGGCUAACUGCGUCAACUACGAAGAUGCUCCAGACCUGAUCUAUCUUCUCAUCAAAGCUGGGGCGAAGGUGGAUGAUGAGACAGCUCGGGAAAUUUAUCUUGAAGCUAACAAACCGAAAAGUGUGCGUAUGCAGCGUGAUUUGCAACGCAGAUCAACGCACUGCAUCUCUUAUCGAAUCUUGGCUCUCUUACACGACUCAGGAUAUAACGCAGCCUGGGUCGGCCCAAGCCUCUUAGUUUCAGCUGCAGCUUCAGGGCGAAUCUCUGAUUGUGGCAAACUUCUUGAAAUGGGGACUCCAAUCAAUGAGUACGGGCUAAAUGGCAAAAGCUCUUUGCAAGUGGCGGCAAGUGGCGGCUACUUGCCGGUCGUACAGUUUCUUCUCGGUCGAGGAGCAGAUGUUAAUCUAGCACCGAGCAGCAAGCCGAAUGGGGGAACAGCUCUCUUCGCCGCGCUCAAAGCAGGCCGUUAUGAGGUGGCAAACUGUUUGAUCGAUUCCGGAGCCGACGUCACAGCUAGAAUGAGUACAGAGAGUGGGAUGACUGCACUAGAAGGUCUGGUUCACAAUGUUUCGCCAAAUUGGGAGGGGGAGGGUGGUUUCGUGGCCACUUUCCACAAGCUCCUUGCACUCGGGGCUCCGGUUAACCGCAUAGGCAGCACGGAAAACACGAUACUCAGUAAAUUGUUACUUGCGAGGCAAUUCGAGUGCUUCAAACUGGCACUCCGCGCUGGAGUCCGGACGGAAGACAAAUUCGAGGGGAGAACGCCGCUGCAUAUCGCGGCAUCACUGGGCGAUAUGGAAUCUAUUCGGCUUCUACUCCGCCACGGCGCAAACAUCAAUGCCACUACAGAUAAUCAACCCAGUCGUACUGUUUCUCAAUCAUCUAGGCAGCUUUACAAUCCUUUUGUCGGCCACCAACUAGACCCAUGUUCCACUCCGCUUCAAGCUGCAAUAGCUUCCGCCAAUACCAGCCCCCAGCUCAUCGAAUUCCUCGUCACACACGGCGCAAAUAUCAACGCCCCGCCAGUCGCAGCCUUUGGCCGCACUGCACUUCAGGCCGCCGUCUCAUCUGAGAUGCCUGACUUGGAAACCAUUAACCUACUCCUCCUUCAUCAUGCGGAUGUCAAUGCCCCGCCAGCAGAACAGGGCGGAGUCACGGCUUUGCAGGGAGCUGCAAUCCAAGGACACAUGGAGAUCGUACGCAUCCUACUCGCGCAGGGAGCUCUCAUCAACGCACUUGCAGCCCCUGAAGAAGGCCGCACAGCUUUGGAGGGUGCAGCAGAGCAUGGCAGGCUCGAGAUGGUACGGUUUCUUCUCAGCGAGGGUGCAAUGCCAGAUCCCAUUAUGGGGUUUUCCAGAGCAAUCAAGCUGGCUGAGCAAGAGUUGCAUCUUGGCAUCGCGAAACUUUUAAGAGCACAAGAUCCAUGCAACCGCCUUCUAACGGAAUUCUCGAUCCUUUAGCCAGCCAUGCGCUGGGCCAUUGCUGAACUCGGAUUGCGUCAUUAGUGACGAGAUGGGAAAUCCUGGAUAUUAGAGAAAGAGGAGUCCACGGAUGCUCACCACAUACUACUUGAAUAAAGAUAGAAGUCAGCUGCGUUAAGACAUCUCUACUGUUUCCGC